AUGCAGUCGAAAGCGCGUCUGCUCGAAGACGAAUUUUCCGAACGUGGAAAAAUUCCUGGCGUUCGAUACCUACAGAGUUUUUUAUUGUUUCUAUGCCUUUUUGCAGCUUACCUGUUGCGGGUUAGCAUAUCCGUCGCAAUAGUGGCAAUGACGCCUGACAAGAAUUCUACUGACUUCUUACUCGAAACACAUUACCACAUUCCUGUAUUCAAUUGGACACAACACACGAAGAGUUUGAUCUUAAGCGCAUUUUUCUGGGGCUACCUCAUCAUGAACCUGCCAGCAGCCAUGAUCGGUCGCCGGUAUAACAACCAAAUGCUAUUGGCCAUGAGUAUGAUGUUGACCGUAGCUCUCAGUCUAGCCACACCAUCAUUAGUGGUUGCUUUCAAUUGGCCGGUGCUCGUACUUAUUCGGUUCCUGCAGGGCCUUACUCAGGCGUUCACCAUGCCAAUGAUACAUGGCAUCAGCGCCAAGUGGGCGCCACCGAAUGAACGUGGUCGUCUCGUUGGAUUUGUAUUGGGAGGUCUCCAAUUUGGCACAGUCGUAACUUUAGUUGGUUCUGGAAUACUGGCCAGUACUCGAUCGGGAUGGCCAUCAAUUUACUAUUUUAGUGGUGCAUUUGGAAUUUUUUGGGUAAUAUUAUGGUUAUUACUUGGGUCAGAAAGCCCAGAUACACAUCGUCUAAUUACUCAAUCUGAGAAAAACUACAUAAAAUCAUCACUAACCCAAACGGUUUCGGAGAAAAAGAACUUGAUAACUCCUUGGAAAGAGAUAUUCACUUCAAUGCCAGUAUGGGCUGUUACGAUCUCACAUGCUGGUCACAAUUGUGGAUUUUGGUUGCUGCUUAGUGAAAUGCCCACGUUUAUAAGUGCUGUACUAAAGUUCGACAUUAAAUCGGAUGGACUUGUGUCUGCAUUACCUUACUUGGCCAUGUGGCUGUGUCAGUUUCCAGUCACAUAUUUUGCCGAUUAUAUGAACAAAAAAAAUGUGACUUCUCUCACUUUUUCACGUAAAUUUUGGAACACCUUAGGAAUGAGCGGCGGUGCUUUGGGUCUCGUGGUCCUAGGCUACAUGGGUGAAAAUGCAAACGCAGCCAUAUGUAUGUAUGUGUUCGUAGUAGCCAUCGGCUGCUGUACGAAUGUGGGUUUCAACAUUAACCACCUCGAUUUGGCGCCCAAUUACGCCGGGAUUUUGAUGGGCUUCACGAACGCCGUGGCCGCCCUGGGUGGCGUGAUGGCACCCACCGUCUGUGGGUUCAUCGUACACGAUCAAACUUCAGUGGACGAGUGGAGGGUCGUGUUCACGCUGGGAGCCGUCAUACUUUUCUUCUCCAGUAUUUUUUACAUCAUUUUCGGAUCUGCGGAAGUACAACCUUGGAAUGAACCUAAAAACGAAAGCGUCGGUGUUCGGAGUUUCAUACAGAUGAAAACGGAUUAUGGUUCCUCUGCAGGAUAUACGUCUUCACCAUCGUCGUUUGUUAAAGUCACGUCAAAGUAUACCAUGUUUGUACGACAAUAA